UUAGAGAGUAUUAGAAAGAGCAAGUUGAAAGUGAAAGUAGCAAUGGAGCUCGAAAAGGCGCACAAUUGGACAGAUUUCGAUAAAUUAACUACGGUCUCCUACAAUAAGAACAGAAAGUUUAUGUGCAUUGAAUAUCCUGGAAUUGUGAAGAAUGUUGACAAAGCUCUGGAAACUCUUGGUGGAAUUCCUAACAUAGAAAGGGUAUAUGCAAAUGUAAAUAAACGAGUGGAUGUGAAUUUUCGGCCAUCUAAUGCUUACUGUAAGCCUGCGUUUGGAGAACGGACAGUCACCUCUAGCCUUUAUAUGAAAGUAAAACGCAGGAGGAAAAAGGGAGAGAAGUCUUGGGAAAACUGCCAGUUUCAGGUGGAAGUCCUUGGAAGUGUUGAAUCUAUGUAUAAAUUCAAUAGUAUGGCUGACUUCCAGUACCUCCCUGUUCUGAAGGGACCGAGUGGCGAGUUAGAACAGAUCCACGACAGACUGGUUUACAGGACCUUCGUGGACAGGAAUGAGUUCCUAGACAGGGAUGUCCCCAGCUUUCUCCCUCCUGUCAUCUUCUCAAGGUUUGAUUAUCCAGACAAAGAUUACCUAUACAGAGAUGGUAUAACACACAGAGAAGGUUACAUGAAUCCGGAAAAAGACAGACCGGCUAACCUGAUAGGGACAGUGAGAGAGAGGAGGAAAGUAUACACAGUGUUUCUCAACUUUAAUGACGACGUCCCAGAAAAGCCACGGGAUGAGGCGCUGGCUCACCUCCGACUCAAAUACAAUGAACCCGAACGUGAGAAGGAAAUUUACAAACUGUUUGAGCAGAGACCGAUCUGGUCCAGAGUGGCACUACAUCACUACUUCAGUGGAAAAAGAGAGAAAGUCAAGUAUCUCUUGCCGAUGAAGGCCUGUUACUACCUCAAUGGACCCUGGAGGUGUAUGUGGGUGAAAUUUGGGUAUGAUCCUCGCAAGCACCCAGAGGCCAAGAUAUAUCAGACUGUUGAUUACAGGGUUAGACAGACUUCCCCAGGAGAAAAAAUGGGGGUUGCACUGAAGAGAUCUCCUAAUGUUAUAGCCUUCCCCGCAAUGAAGAGGAAAAAUACAAACAUUGUAAAAAUUAACCUCACCAAAUCUCGUCUUACUGAUGAAAAAGAUGAAUCCAGUAUCAAUAAAGAACCACUACAUGUUUAUACACCUGACCGAUUACCUCCUUGCAGACAAAUGUUUUACCAGAUGUGUGAUAUAAAAGUGGAUGAAAUACAAACCCUAAUAAGAAGCAACACAGCCUCUGUAUGCACAGAAAAGGAAGGAUGGUGUCAUAAGGGAAUAAUAGAGAAAUGUCGAGAAAUCAUGACCAAAAAGGCCCAACAAUUAAUAGAAAAAAAGGGAUUAUCAGUGGCACAACAUCUUGGAGGAACUAAAGAAAAACAUAAACCAAAAACUCCAAUGGAAGACGACGCCGAAAUGGAGGACUUAGGUGACGAAGAUGAUGACGACAUGGACGAUCUUAAUGACGACCAACAAACGGAAGAUGACGUCAACGAGAUGGAGACCGAGAUGUUGGAUUGUGUUUAGUGAACGGGGAGAAUGUCCGCAAGGAGUAGUGUACUCUACACAGUAAAAAAAAAUGCGACCGCGCGUGGUAUACCCAAGUGCAAAAAAUACAAAUGGCAAAUUGUGCACACUGCGUUGUAGCUGAUGCUCUUUUGUUACUAAUAAACACCGUUUGUUAUUUUGGCACAGCAUGUUCUGUAUAGACUUGCUCAAUAAAAAUGUGUAAAAAAAAAAAAAAAUAUGUAAAAUUUGAACAAAAAUAAAGUGAUUUGUACAGACACA